ACAUUUGCUGAUGACCUAGAAUUUUAGGUUAGAAUUGGAAUUACAUAGAUUCUUUCCAAAAAUUAUCGUUCAAACGCUAAUUAACGAUUAAUUUUCAGUAUUUUGAUAACGUUUAGUUCGAUUACAGUGAUAAUUAGCACGUCAACUGUUUUGAAUCACGCUUGAGGCAUAAUUUACGCGAGUUGAAAAGUUUGUAUAAUUUUCCAGUACCUGAUACCUCAGUUCGUGUAAGACUCUUGCUGUGAGCGGUUCACGGUUCACUGUUUUAAAAGUUACCUAAUUGCUGAUUCACACAGUCAUGUCUCUACAGGAGCAAUUCGACAAGGCAGCAGCCGAUGUCAAGAACCUCAAGACCGUACCAAGCGAUGCUGACCUGCUAGAACUGUACGCUUACUUCAAACAGGCUACAGUUGGUGAUGCUGACCCUGCUAACAAACCCGGCAUGUUCGACCUUAGGGGCAAGGCGAAAUUCGAGGCGUGGAGCGCCAAGAAGGGCCUGUCCAAGGAAGACGCACAGAAGGCCUACAUCGCGAAAGCUGAGAGCUUAGUCGCGUCCAUCGGCCUCCAAUAAACUAGAUUUAAGUCACAGAAUAACACUAAUAAGGUCUCGAGUUGAAAUAACGUGUCAUGACUUCGAAAUCCGUUAUGAUUUCUGAUAAAAAUAUUCUGGCGACACAGUCAUUAAGGAUUCCCGCCCACUGAAGUGGAGUGGAGCGGAGCGGAGAUGUGUUUAAUAGACUAAUCAGAUUGAAAGGUGACGGUAAUUUUUUUGCGUCAUUUCUGUGGAAUCUGAUUGGUCUGUUGAACGUCUCCACUCCGCUCCGCUUCAAUUGACAGGUAGUUUAAAGCGGAGCGAAAUGGAGAUGUGUUAAGCACAAAACAGACCAAUUAGAUUAAUAUUGGUAGAUGACGUAAUACUGUGUUGCCAUUAUAAUCUUUUAACCUAACAGACAAUAUUAGUGUUAUAAAAAUAUAUAAGUGGUAUAAGUUAUUUUUCAUAGUUGUUUUUACUUUCUUUUGUUAUUAUUGGAUUUAUAAGGACAAACCAGUAUGCUUCCUAUUAUACUUAGUAUAAAUAAGCGCAUUUUCUAUACUUUAAAUGUUUAUAUGAGUGAUUUUACUAUACAUUUUUUGGCUCGUUCCGACGUGGCAACAUCUAUGUCAUAAGGAAAUUGUGUCUGAAAAAACGCACUUUAUUAAUAAGCAUAAUAUUUGAGGAGUGAAAAAUCAAAUUCAUAGACGCUGUCCCGUCGGGGUUUUUUUUUGUGUGAUAUUUAUAUCAUAUUUUCAUGACUACCUCUGUCAAAAAGUCGCACAAAAUGAUAUCGACUAAGUAUAUUUCGCAAAUAUUUACAAAUUUUUAUAUUUUUUUGUUACUAACACCUAAAAAGACUUAUAACUAAAUAAUAACACUAUUUAAUAUAUUUAUUUACUUCUACGGUAUAGGUUGUCUAAGGUUCAUGGUCUUCUACAUCACAAUUUUUCAGAAUGAAAGUGACCUAACUAUAUUUUUUUUGAGAUAUAAGUAAAUACAGGUUGGAAUAAGAUGUUAAAAUAUACAGAAGGAUACCCAGUGCCUUUUCGAAACAUUUGUAUUGUCAUAAGUAUGAACAUUUUUUUUUCAUUGUACUGGAUUACAACUACUGGAUUUAGUUUUGAUUUAGGUCACUUUUAAUCAGGAAGUGCUACAAAUAAAUUACAAUUUAUUGAAAAAAAAAAACGGUGCUCGCAAUUUUUUUCAUUGUUACUCUUAUAACGCAGGUCGCGCAUAUUUUGUUAACUUUUUUUACAUUUCCGUGAAAUAAAUCGUGUGGAGAA